GGGGGGGGGAGGCGUCAUUUCUGUCAUCUAUACGUAUUUCUCACUGCUGGAGUAAUGAAUAAGCUUCAAUUAAUAGCCCCCAUCGUGUGUCAUUUCAAAUUUCUAUAUUUUUCUGGUAAUCUGCCAUGGGUAUUAAAUGUUUUGCCUGCAUCACUAAACGUUUGGAUUUUUUUGUUUGUUUUCAUGUAGGAGGGAAGACCGGCCAACGGCAAAAAUUGUGAUAAGAAAUCGGAAAAUAAAGGUCCACUGAGGUGCCGCCCCCCAAAUAAGUCUAAUAGAAAAAUGUUACAAAAAGGGCAGUACUCCAUGGAUGAUAUAGUAGUUUUUUUUAUAAUAUAUAUUUUUUUCAAUUUAAAAUGGUGCGCGAAGAAUGUAUGUUGGUUUGUGUGAAGGAAGAGUUGUAUGUAGAGGGCUAGUGUAGCGAGAUACAAGGGGAAACAUUCAGUAAGGUCACAGCUCUGAACAAGUUACUAACGUAACUUCCGGAGACACAACUAACUGGAGAUCCUUGCCGACCGUGUGAGCACUUUCUAUUGGCUUCAGGUGCUGCACAAGUUCCUCAGAGUCUUCCUGGGUAAUAAUCCAGGAUAACUCCUAUACCUGGUUUAUGGUUGAUUCUCCCACAAGUCAUGGCACCACUGGCCCACACGUUCCAUUGGUGCAUUUAUCAAGUGAAAGAACUUGAUGACCGACGCCACAUAGACCCCAGUGAAAAGGAACUGAAGUACAAUCCAAAAUAUGAUGAACUGUAUGCCCCAGUACUGGGGCCAGAAGCUCUCCAUUCCAAGUACCACGAGGUGGACAGAAACUCUCUUGCUGGCCAUGUAGAAACUGCACACUUCAAUGACUUUGAAUUUGAAUCACAAAGGAGAACCUUCACAACAUAUGGUUAUGCUGUUGAUCCAUCCAUUUCUGGGCAUCCAGAAGAUGGCAGAAGAUAUAUUGGAGAUCUCUCUUCAGCCAAGAAGACUUCAGGGAUCACUGUAUUUGAAACUCAACACAAAGCUGACCUCCCUCCCAAGAGAAGACGUGACAAGAAUGAUGAUGCAAGUGAUACUGAAGGAUUCAAAGGACCAUGGGCUAAAUUUGAAAAUGAGAAAACAGUUAUGAAACCAUCAGAGGAAGAACAACAUGACUUAGAUGAAAUACUUGCCAAGAGACAGAAACGACGGAAGCAAAAUGACGACAAGCCAAUUGAGGAGAAGUCUUUGUUGCACAUCAAAGAUGCAUAUGACUACCAAGGAAGAUCCUUUUUACAUAUUCCACAAGAUGUUGGUGUUAAUUUGAAGUCUCCUGAUCCCCCUGAGAAGUGUUUUAUGCCCAAAAAAUUGAUUCACACAUGGAAAGGACAUACCAAAGGUGUUGCUGCCAUACGAUGGUUUCCAAAAUCUGCCCAUCUUCUCCUGUCAUGCUCUAUGGACACUAAGAUAAAAAUUUGGGAAGUAUUCAACAACAGAAGAUGUAUUAGAACAUAUAUGGGACAUAAGCAAGCAGUAAGGGAUGCUUGCUUUGAUAACACAGGCAAACAAUUUCUCUCAGCUGGAUAUGAUAGGUUUAUAAAGCUUUGGGACACAGAGACUGGAGAUUGUAUUUCCAGGUUUCCUAGUAGAAAGAUACCAUAUUGUGUCAAAUUCAAUCCAGAUGAUGGCAAUCAAAACCUCUUUGUUGCUGGUACCUCAGAUAAGAAGAUUGUUUGCUGGGAUAUUCGGAGUGCUGAGAUUGUCCAGGAAUAUGAUCGUCAUUUAGGAGCAGUAAACACCAUCACUUUUAUUGAUGAAAACAGAAGAUUUGUCUCCACCUCAGAUGACAAAAGCUUGAGGGUAUGGGAGUGGGAUAUUCCUGUUGAUUUCAAAUAUAUUGCAGAUCCUUCAAUGCAUUCAAUGCCUGCAGUUACUCUCUCACCAAACAAGAAGUGGUUGGCUUGUCAAAGCAUGGAUAACAAAAUUGUAAUAUUUUCUGCUUUAGAUCGUUUUAAGAUGAAUCGCAAGAAGGUUUUCACAGGUCAUAUGGUGGCAGGCUAUGCUUGUACUUUAGACUUCUCACCAGACAUGUCAUACCUUGUGUCUGGGGAUGCUGAUGGAAAGGCUCAUGUGUGGGACUGGAAGACAACAAAGCUAUAUCAGAAAUGGAAAGCUCAUGAUGAUGUCUGCAUUGGCAUCCUGUGGCACCCACAUGAAACUAGUAAGAUUGCCACAGCUGGGUGGGACGGUCUCAUUAAAUAUUGGGACUAAGCAAGUACAUUAUCAAUAAGUACAAAUAAAAAUGUCUACUUUUAUAAUAAAUGUUUAUAUCAUGUAAUGAUGUUA